CUCCACUCCAUAUCUUAUUAACGGCAGCGCUAUAAUGUGGCUGCUUGCGGAUGGAUACGUGAAGAUCGAUAGCAAAGCACUACAGCGCGGUUCUGAAAUAAACCGAAAACGAGAUUUUAAAGUUCUAAACGCCUGUAAAUAAACUGAUAAAUAAUCCCAGUCUUAACGGGGGGCAAGAAGGAAGCGACCAAGCGACUCAACAGGUCGAGAACUCGUGUAGACGUAAGCGCAGGAGUGCGUAACAUACGCAACAAAGCCGCGCAGUGAGCGCAACAACAACCGGUACACCUUCCUUCUUCCUCUAGAGCGGUCUCCAUUUUAACUCCUCGCCCAGCCUGCACCUCACGUGUCCUGGACUGUCUUUCUCACAUGACCCGUGUGUUUGUCCCCGUGAUCAGAGCUUCCAUCUCCCGUAUUUCAAGUGUCGCUGAAUAUCGCAUUUUAAAAUCCGCUCGCCUUCAUGGAUAUGCUCGAUCAGAGCUUGGACACCUCGACGAGUCACGAGAAACAGGAAACUGAGGAGGUUGUUCAGCUGCAGGAGGGAGAGGGGGUGGGAGCGGAGGAGCAGGCAGCAGUUACCAUAGCGAGUGUCCAGCAAGCAGCAGCCUUUGCAGACCACAAUGUUCAGUACCAGUUCCGGACAGAGAACACUGGUGGACAGGUGACAUAUCGUGUGGUCCAGGUAACAGAGGACCAUUUGGAAGGAGAUGGAGGAGCGGCAGUCAGUGUAGUGUCCACAGCCUUUGCAGGCGCACAGCAAGCAGUAGCACAGGCUGUCAUCCAGAACCCUUUCAGUAAUGGAGGCAGUCCAGCGGGGGAAACAGUGGGGGGAGAGACACGCUUUGCCUACUUCCCAGCUGCAACUGUCAGUGACGGUACAGCUGUCUCAGUGCAGGCCACGUCUGAUCCGACCCUCACACAGGCUGGAGGUCAGUUUUAUGUGAUGAUGAGUCCACCAGAUGUUUUACAGACUGGAACACAACGGACCAUUGCCCCUCGUACACACACUUACUCUACAGACCUUGAUGAACGUGAGACUCUUCAACACAGCAGUUCAGAAUGGAAAAUUGAUGGCCCUCGGGCACCUCGUGAUGAGAGAAGGAGAGCACAGCACAAUGAAGUGGAAAGGAGAAGAAGAGACAAGAUCAACAACUGGAUUGUCACACUGUCUAAAAUCAUCCCAGACUGCAAUAUGGACAGUACCAAAACAGGAGCAAGUAAAGGAGGCAUUCUGUCUAAAGCAUGUGACUACAUAAGAGAACUCCGACAGACUAACCAGAGGCUUCAGGAGAGCUACAAGGAGGUGGAGAGAAUACAAGUGGAUAAUGAGCUACUAAGACAACAGAUUGAAGACCUGAAGAAUGACAAUGCACUGCUCAGAGCUCAACUACAACAGCAUGGCCUGGAAAUCAGUGAGACUACAUCACAGUGACAAAAACAACAAGAACAACAAAAACAUUCUCACAAAUAAAAAAGUGAAAAUGACGUGACAUCAGUCUCAAGUGGAGAAAUAACCGUUCAAUGACUCACUUGUACAUGCCUCAUCACAGAGUUAAGAUGCUCUGCACCUUAAGUAGGGUAUGAAUGCUUAUGUGAUGCACAGACACAUCCUUCUGAAAAGAGACUGUCUGACCGUUUUGAAAAUAACAUCUGCUGUACAAGCACAUUUUUUCUCCUUCACUCUCGUGAGAGCUCAACAACUUGGACUCGAUUGAUAUGGAAUAACCCUCAUCUUCCAGAAGUAUCCCGCUUGCCACAGGUUUAUGUCUUUAGCUUCAAUCUUGGAUUUGUGAACCAAUUAUUUGCCUGCUUAUGCUCAUCUUUUGUUCUGAUUGAAACAUUACGUGGAUUUUAUUUUUGCUACAUAGUGCAAAUGUUACUACUGUCUCUAACAUGACAGAAGGUAUUUUUUCGAGGGUUCUUUGGUAUUGUAUUUAUUAGCUUUCAAGAAAUUGCGCAGCAGCAGGUAUAAAAAAACCUUUGCAUUUGGCUGAUGUUUUGAAUUUGAUUUAGUUUUUCUGUCCUGCAGUCUUUCCAUAUAUCAGACUUUGUGAAAUGCAUUCAUCAGGCUUAUCAAAGACUUGACAUCGUGGCACAUCAAGACUAAUUUGCUUAGAAUGUAAAUGAAAGUGCAUAGAGUAUGUUUUUAUUUAAAAUGGAGACUUAUGAUAUCUAAAACUGCAUUACCUAUAAAUCUCAGUUUUCAGAGUACAUUAUAUUUAAUGCACUGUAAUUUUAGUGAAGGAUGAACAAGUAGCUCAGGGUUUUGAGGUGCAGGAAAAUAGCCGAGGCUCUCCCCACUAACCUUGUAACCCUGCACUUUUUUUUCCUUUUGGCUUUAAUAUACUAGAUUCAAACAUGUACUGUAUAUAUCAUGUAUUUCAACCAGUUGUCAUGAAUUAAUUCAAAGAAAUGUACUUCAUAAGCCCUAAUUCCCACACUCAUUUAUCUACGGUAAAUAAAAUGGAAGAUGCACAAUAGAAACAGAUAGAAUUGCUACUGCUAGUAGUGUUCUGGCUUAUUUUGUUGUCGCUUAUCUUCCAUCUUAUUUUGUAACAGUCGUUGAUUUAGACAUUGAUCAACAACACCAUUUUGAUCAAUAAAAUUGGAUUUGAGGAUAGAAGUACAGUGCGUUCAAUGGAUUGUGCUGUUUGUUUAGCAUAUUGAUUGUUCAGCUGACAAAACGUCUUGUUGAAACAAAAAUUCAGUAGACAAAAACUCCAUAAAUCAGGUUUGAAAGUUGUGAAAAUUACAUGAUCUAGGACCUUUAUACAGUGCCAUUACAAAGACUAAGUCUAUCUCUCACAGCCUUGUUUUCAUUCAUGUUCAAUUCAAUAUGGCGUCUAACCUGAUGAAGAUCUAUUCAGGCCUGUGUUUUCCUUUUCUAGUCAGACAGGUUUAUUGCAAAGUUUGAAUAAUAUCAUGCUAGAUUAUAAAAAUAAUACUUUUGACUGUUUACUACAACCCAUUAGGAGGAGGAGGAGGGUGGGGGGAGCAUCAGAUUUCAUACCACCUCAAUUUAAACUUCAAACAAUCUGUGAUCAUAGCAAACCAAGGCCCGGUUUCACAGACGGGGCUUAGCUGAAACCAGGACUAGGCCUUAGUUAAAUUAAGGUAUUUAAGCAGCUUGUAUAAAAAUGCCUUAGAAGAAAAUGUUACAGGUGUGCAUCUUGUGACAGAACAAUGGCACUGACAUAUUUUAAGAUAUGCUAGAGCUAUAUAUUUUCAGUUGAGACAGCUCAAACAUGCAUUUUAGUCUGGGACUGGCCUUAAGACUUGUGAAACCGGAGGAAAGUGUUGAACCAGUGAAACAUCAAAAUAGUUUUAAAAUAUUCCACAUAGCAAUACAGAGAGGGCACACAUAACCUUUAAGCACUCUCUCUGUCCUCUUCACAGUAUUAAUGCUGUACUUGAAAGACUGUUGAGUCCAGAACCAUAGUCUAAUGCACUGCUGCUUUUAAAUCAAAGCUUAGAAAGAAUAUUUUUAUUCAUGUAUGUCUGGUUGGAUUGAGGAAUACUUAGCAUGACAUUAUUACCACUGGUUUGAUAUCUAUAAGCUAUACAACAACAACACAGUUGCUUUUGUUAUACCUAAUGACUGUCGAUGUUUAUGUAUGUACUUAUAUAAAAGAAAAACCCAGAGUUACAA